AUGGCCCACCAGCAUACUGGAGCUGCGUUUCGAGGCUUGGAGGUGACGUGUAGCGAUGAUGGUCACUCUCCACUCUGCUGCCUGUCCCAGGUGCCCCUGCAGUCUGCCCAGCCCUUGAAAUUCACUGUCCUGGAAACCCUGGACCGCAUCAAGGAGGAGUUUCAGUUCUUCCAGGCCCAGUACCACAGCUUGAAGCUGGAGUGCGAGAAACUGGCCGGCGAGAAGACUGAGAUGCAGAGGCACUACAUCAUGUACUACGAGAUGUCGUACGGCCUGAACAUCGAAAUGCACAAACAGGCGGAGAUCGUGAAGCGCCUCAGUGCCAUCUGUGCCCAGAUCGUGCCCUUCCUGUCCCAGGAGCACCAGCAGCAGGUGGUCCAGGCCGUGGAGAGGGCCAAGCAGGUCACCAUGGCCGAACUCAACGCCAUCAUCGGGAGUAAGUCGGUGUCAUCGAUGGACAGCCAGCCCACAGAGGAUCGGCAGGGCCCCUCGGGCGUCUUCCCAGCUCAGACAGCAGGGGGCGACGUCAAGAGGAAGCGCUGUGAUGACAAAGAGCCCCCCACAGCACACUAUGACAGUGAAGGGGACAAGAGUGAGGACAACCUGGAGGUGGACGUGUCCAAUGAGGUGGCGUCAUCGUUCUCUCCGCCCCGGUUCGCUUGUUUCCCACCCGCAGAGCCCGCAUCCCCGGCUGGCGGACCCCGCCCCGCCUGCUCCCCCCGGAGCAAUGGGCCUGACCGGGAGCUGACCCUCCGGAAGGAGCCACGCGGGAGCCCCACCUCCCCGGGCCGCACCUCCCCGCCACCUCACAGCCCCCCGACUCCCAGUAAGGCCAGGGAUUCCCAGAUGGAGAAAUCAGCUUCCCCCUCCUCCAACUCGGGGACUCCUUCCCCCUCGCACCCGGACGCUCUCACCCCAGGCCCCAGCUCGUCCUGCCUGCGUUUGGCCAGCAAGUCGUCCUUGUCCGACCCCUUGGACUUCACCUCCCAGAUCUUCUCUCUGGGCCACUGUCCCACAGGAGACUGGCUGGCCGUAGGGAUGGAGAGCAGCAACGUGGAGGUGCUGCACGUGUCCAAGCCCGACAAAUACCAGCUGCACCUGCAUGAGAGCUGCGUGCUCUCGCUCAAGUUCGCCUACUGCGGGAAGUGGUUUGUGAGCACCGGCAAGGACAACCUCCUCAACGCAUGGAGGACCCCCUACGGAGCCAGCAUAUUCCAGUCCAAGGAGUCGUCGUCGGUGUUGAGCUGUGACGUGUCACCGGACGACAAGUUCAUCGUCACUGGCUCUGGGGACAAGAAGGCAACUGUGUAUGAAGUCGUGUACUGAAGUCAGCAGUCAGGAUGUCCCCUACCUUUCAGGAUGUCCCCUAACCCAAUUCCUCUCUUCUCCCCAUCCCAUCACUGCAAAGCAAGGCCUUCAGCUCAAUUUGACCCCUCCCCAAUCCACAUCCAGCUUUGAGUGUGCUUGUCCCUGCCUCCAAUUUGGCUUAUAGCGACCCCCUUACUAUUUAUUUAUGUAGUGACGUAGACCUGAAAGCAAGUGACGUAGACCUGAAAGCAGGGACAGUCAGAUGGUCCCUGGAGCUGUUGGGGAUUAAGGACCCAGUGCUGAAAAGACACCUCGUUACACAGGGAGAGCACACCGCCGACCCUGAGAUUUGAACCAACAACCUUCUGAUCACAGGCAGAGUGUCCAAACUUGCUGAGCCACACAUCUCUCCCCCCCCCCCCCCCC